GUUUGCACGUGGUACAUCGACGAUAACAAUAGCUGAAAGGGAGAAUGGAGUUGGUGUGACAGACGCACGUUGUUCUGCACACAGCAGAAAGAUCGGGACCAGAGAGAUUCCCAGCAGCAGAGGAUUAAUCUUGCAAUGUCUGGUCAAAAGUUAGGAAUCGUUAGUUUAGGAAAAGCCGCGGGAAAGGUAAAAUUUGCCCUUCUUGAUGAAAGAGAUAUUGGUCUCAUCAACCAGUAUGCAUUUGAGGCCAGAGUAGAAGUUGAUCCAGAUGGCAAUGGUGCCAAUAUCUUUGCUUACACAUACAACUUAUUGAAGGGAAAGGAAUCAGGCCAAUUUCUACAUGAUUUCUUAUGGGAAAGACAUCGAGGAGGCAUAGCAGCGGGCUGGAAGGUGGUCCACAAGAAUGGGGUGUCAGUGGACAAUCGCCUGGAGAACCUGAUGCUGGUUCCCGUGGAUACACAACUUGUCUACGAGGACCUCCCCUCUACAAAGAACAGGGAGCACUCAUUGUACUGGAUGGCAGUUCAACAGCUCCAAGUGGCCCCUAUAGAAUGUCACUAUCCAGCUACACAUGUCUACACAAAACAGUUCAGUCCCAAUGGAGAAAAUAUCCAUAUAGACCAUGAUGAAGUCUGUGUUUAUUAUGAAUGUCACUACCCUCCCUGUACAAAUAUGGAAAAGAGAGUUAAAGAAUUUAGUAUCUGUGGACGCUGUCAAGAAGUCAGAUAUUGUGGUGCAUAUUGCCAACAGAGAGACUGGCCAAUACACAAGAAGUUUUGUCAAGAGAGAAAACUCUUUUUCCCCCUGGAAGAAGAAAGUGUUGACAGAUAGAGCAAGAAUGAUAGAAAGUUCAGAUAGCAAAAGAUUGAAUGAGAGAAAAUUUUCAACACAAAGUCUGAAAGAAAGAAAAAUCAAGAUUAUAAAAGAUUGAAUGAGAGCAUGACUGUAUCUGACUGUGCACCAUAUAACACUUCAAACUCACAUUUCUCAGCUUUGUAAGUUUUUUUAGUAUGUUUGAACAUACAUGUAUUAUUUUGUUUUUAAUUUAUUUUUAGAAUUUAUUUUACUAAACUUUUACAUAAUGGGAUUCUCUACAAAGUAGUUAAAAUCAAGUUCAACAAACAAAUGAAUUAUUUUAAAGAUUGUUAUUAGCAUAGACUUUUAAGGAAAAUUGUUUGGUAAAAAUAUUUAAUCUAAAUAUUGGAGUAAAAAAUUCUGAGAAAGUUUAUUUGGGAAUAUCUUUGUUUUCUCUGUGUGUCCUGUAAGUCAUUGUUUGAGUUUAUAAUUUUUGUUUUUUCUGUAGCAGAGAUAAGCUUUAAGAGUUUUGUGUGUAUGUUGUUAGUUUGCAGAGAAGUUGACGUAUUUAUUCCCUUAGACCAUUCCAUUGUCAUAUUGUUAUAUAUUUAUUUUUAAUUCAGCAUGUAGAACAACAGUAUUGUAUAAAAUUUUUAUUAUGUGCUAUCCUAGUCAUAAAUUCUGUGAAAUCAUUUAUUUUUGUAGGGGCCAGAAUACACAUCAGAUUUUAAUAUUUUUAAAAUAUCUUUUUUGAUAUUUCUUGGAAGUCUUGAAUUCGAUUAUAUAUUGUUUUCUAGGAUUGGUGAUGAAAGCCUCUACAAAGUAAAUAAUUUUACAGUCACUCCAUAGAAAAACACACAAAACAGUGGUUACUGUACAAAGGAGUGCUAGAUUUUUGUGUUUUUUUUAUGAACUUAUUUUGUCUUAUAGUUUCUCAAAAUUUGAAUUGUACUGAAAAAAUAUUUGAUAAGGAAAAUUAGUUUAUGGCUAAAUGUUUUCUUUUCAUGGCCUGUUUUUUUAACUUUGAACACAUUGUCAACUUUUUAGUUGAGUGCUUUUAAUAUGUUACACUUUCUAUUUAGCAUUUAUUCCUACGCAUUGAAAAAAUUACAUACAUACAUGUACUAUACUAAUACGGUGCCAUCUGAAACUAAAUUGCUUUUUUUAACCUGUGUGCCACUAAUCUUGUCUUAAUGAAAUACUGUAAUUGAUUUUUACACUAGAUUCAAAAUCAGCAUUGCAUGAUUUACAUUUAUAGAUUUAAGACCAUUCCAAACUUUGUACAUUCCCUUUAGAUUGUCAUUUUUUCUAUAUUUUUAUUUGUUGCCAUUGAAGUCAAUUUCUUCAUCAGAAGAAAUCUGAAAAUUGAUAUAUAUAUAUAUAUAUAUAUAUAUAUAUAUAUAUAUAUAUAUAUAUAUAUAUAUAUAUAUAUAUAUAUAUAUAUAUGAAUUGACAAAGAUACCUAAUUUGAUUAUUUUUGACAUUAACAUAUUUUUUUUUCUUAAUUAAGCUUAGCUAAUUUUCGUAAAUGUUUGAUAUGCAUGUAUUUUUACUUCUCCGUCCAGAAGUGGUUUUUAUUGUGGACAUUUUCUUUUUUCUGCCAUCUAAAGAGAAAUAAUUCAUUUAAUAAUACAGUGAAUUUGCUUGACACACUCUCAGUUAAAGGAUGGAUGAUACAUUCCUCAAUAAUAUAUAAUUUUUUCCAAGAUUUUGU